CAAUACAUUUUAUUUUGCGUUCUUGAUGGAUUUUCUAACAAAACUUGUUCUGGUGGAUUUUUAAACUGAAUUUAGAACUUUUAUUUUCUAAAAAUACAGAUUCAAUAGUGAAAGGUUGAUUAAUUAUAAUAGUGGAUUUUACACUAACAUUAAAAUUAAUUAACAUAGAAAAUUUAUUUUAAAAAUUCACUUAUCAAUGCUCUCUGUAUAAAAACGGUUAUUCUGCAAUCAAGAGAAAGAAGAGACGAGAACCAUUGUGUGUAAUUAAUUAUUUUACAAUUAUUUUUUUAUAAAUGUUCACAGCCGCGUCGUACGUUCUCCAAAUGGAGAUUAAUAAAAACAAAGCUUAAUUGUUGUCGCAAAAUUGCCAAUAUGGGAUGGGCUUACGCGAUGUGACCAGCCGCUGCCUGCGAUGCUCGAGGGCCUGCGUGCGGGGGGGCACGGGACGGCGUUGCGCCCGUCGGACAUGUGUGCGUCGUGCGCACGCCGCGCCCGCGCCGCCUCGCAUUACGGCUGAGUGUCGCUCCGCCGGCGUCCCACUCCUCUCUUUACCCUUGCUUCCUUCAUCUCUACCCCCCUGACGCCUUCCCGUCUCUACCCUCUAACUAAAUCCUUUCUCGGCUCCGGUCCCCCACCGAUGCUUCCGCUUCGUGAUACUGAUCCGACUAACUGAGCGGCGCGAGCGAUGGACGGACGAGCGUAUCUUGGGACUGAACGCACGUCCGUUCACCCACAUGUAAUAUUACUACUAUCUUAGAGAUACUAUCUACACUUCGAUCACACAACACUACUAACAUAAUCACACGAAUAGAUGUUAUUUUUACACCAAAAUUUAUGCGUUAUUUUAAGACGUUAUUACGUAAGAUAUUGGCUUUAUUAUCAUGGUCUUGUAAAUACUACCUACCUACAUACUUACAUUGUUAUGACUAUACCUACCUGUAUGAUAACUAGUAGGUAGCUCUACCCAUGUACAAAAUUUGUAGGAAAAUUAGUUUUGUAUAGACACUGGCACAAUGAAACAACCUGACACAUAAAUGCGGUGCAUAUGUGCCACCCGUGUUAAUAGGCAGCGCGAUGGGAGGAGCGCUUUGGUCACUCGUCGCUCACUUGUAGCAUAAUUGCAGGUGAUUGCAGUGAUAUCGAUCCUCUUCAUCGUGCUGUCCACGAUAGGGCUCACUCUCAACACGAUACCUCAGAUGCAAGUGUACGACGAGAAGGGUGCGCCCAUGGACAACCCGCAGCUGGCCAUGGUAGAAGCCGUGUGCAUCACGUGGUUCACGCUCGAGUAUGUGCUGCGAUUCAGUGCCUCACCGGAUAAGUGGAAGUUCUUCAAAGGUGGACUCAACGUUAUAGACUUGCUGGCUAUAUUGCCGUAUUUCGUAUCUCUUUUUCUUCUCGAAACGAAUAAGAACGCGACUGACCAGUUUCAAGAUGUACGCCGCGUAGUACAAAUCUUUCGAAUUAUGCGAAUACUGCGAAUCCUCAAACUUGCCCGACAUUCUACAGGGCUUCAAUCGCUCGGUUUUACGCUCAGAAACUCUUAUAAAGAACUGGGACUACUCAUGCUGUUCCUUGCGAUGGGAGUGCUCAUAUUCUCUUCGUUAGCAUAUUUCGCUGAAAAGGAAGAACCGGGGACUAAAUUCAUUUCCAUUCCGGAAACGUUCUGGUGGGCCGGCAUCACCAUGACCACAGUCGGAUACGGUGACAUUUACCCCACGACCCCGUUGGGCAAGGUCAUCGGCUCAGUUUGCUGUAUUUGCGGCGUGUUGGUAAUUGCGUUACCCAUCCCGAUUAUAGUCAACAAUUUCGCCGAGUUUUACAAGAAUCAGAUGCGGCGGGAGAAGGCGUUAAAGAGGCGGGAGGCGCUUGAGCGCGCAAAGCGUGAGGGCUCCAUCGUCUCAUUUCACCAUAUAAACUUGCGUGAUGCUUUCGCCAAGAGUAUGGAUCUCAUCGAUGUCAUCGUGGAUACAGGACAUAACCUGUCGCAGGCGGAUGCCACAAGCUUGGAGGGAGAAGCACCGGCCACCACCGGCUGCUACAAACAAUACGAGCAUGCUAUCUCCAAUAAGAUACCCCAGAGUACUGAUCCUAAUCAGUUUCAGAGUAGCCCUAAGAAAGAACGUCGGUACUCUAACGAAGGUCCAGAAUCACCGGAGAAACGCUUGCUCAUAAAUCCUGAUCCAACACCAGAAAAGAAGAUGGCUGACAAACAGCUUGACUUGGAUCAGCUGCCUUCUGAGUUUGAAUGUUGUUUUUGCACGUUCAAGGGUUACAAGGAGUUCAUAGACGCGGAGCAACUGAUGCCGAUGUCAACAUCAGAUUUGCGGCAACCGGUGUGUGUGGAGCUCGCCUGUCUGCAGCGGCACCCCGCACCCAAGGCUUUGCCAGAGGCCACGCCCAAUAGCCUCGAUAGCCCUGAUACAUUUGCAUCAUGCCUUACGCACCCUUUUCCUUCAGAGGGCGACAUCGCAUGCGAGAACGACUCGUCAAACUUAUAUGUGAACCCUCUGGACGGUAGCGGCGGCAGCACGGGGGGCGGGGGUUCCGAGUUUAAAGGUGUGCGCAGGAGUGCUUCAGGGGACGGGGGCGUGUUAUGUGCGCAAGGUUCGCAGGGCGAGGGGUCGCCGCGGGGGUCGCGUGGCAGUCUGGCGGGGGCACCGCUGCCGGAGCCGGCGCGCUCUCCGCUCCAAGCGGACGAAUCUAACGAUGAUGCCAAGCCCAAACAUAGGAAGGCACGUUUUCAACAGGAAUGGACGGAGGAGGAGAAGAGGCCGCCGAGAGGGAUAGCUACGAGGAUAAUCAAUCACCACAUACUUUUUGGUAAAAAUGGUAACAAACGAGGUGGUGGUUGGCCGCUAGAAGGCGACUCGCGCUCGCGAUCCAUACUAAAGAAUAAGGAGGCGCGCGGCACAGACAGCGAGUUGCUACUUCAAGAAAGUACCUCCCUCGGGGCUAAUGGUGAUUCGGGAAGCGAGUCGUCGCCUAUUCGUCUCAAAGAUUUCAAAGGGCAAAACCUGAAGAGCAGCGCCCAGGAGCGUGACGGUCUCGUCUCGUAGGCCUUCGCCCCACCAGCACUGCCAACCACAACCCGCAGUAAUACUUAGAUCGCAAUAAAUUAUUGAAAUAUAAAUAAAUAAUUUUAACAUAUCAUUGAGCGAUUGUGACUGCUUUUUGAAUAGAGAUUUUCAUUUAGUAGGGUUAUAAAUAAUGUAAAAUAUAUUAUUACCAUGUAAUGUAAUAAUUGUUCAUUCCAAUCGAAAAGUUGAAGAUACCUAUUUGUUAAGUUUUUUUACGUGCAAUUAUUAAUUGCUAAUUCUAAUUUAAGCGAUAUAGUUUGUACAGCAUAGUUGAUGAAAAAAAGAAGCAAUUAUUAAAAUUAAAGAUUUUCUGAAAUUGUUAAAGGCCCCUUUCAUUUAUCACCCUGUAUUGAUAAAAAAGAAAACUCUUUGUAGUCAACAAUUAUAUUUAUUUGGAAGCUAAAUUCUUUUUCCAUAAUAGUCAUGUACUAAAAGUGUAGAGUAGAAAUAUAACAUAAACUUUAUAUUUAAUAUUUUUUAUUACUAAAAAGUGCUAGUGUUAAAAACGUAGGCCAAUUAGCCUCUACACAUCACAAAAUACACAUUUUCGAGCCGAAUAACAGAGUUUUUUUUAGUGAAAAACAUACACAAUAUCACAUAAUAACAAAAUUAUUGGAAUUAUCAAAUAAUUUAUACUGUGGUCCAAAAUUAAUACUCAUUAUCAUUAAAAACACUUAACAAUUAAUUUAAUACUUUAUAUAUUAAUAAACCAUAGAAAAUAUGAGUUAUUAUAACAAAAAAAAAAACAUUAUGAAAGCAUUAAAAAUACUUUGGUUUGCGAUGAGUAUACACAUAGACCACUACCACGCACGAUUACGACGUUAAUUAGUGUUUUUAAACAGCCAUAGACAACUGAUAGGUCAUCACGAAAUCUUUGAAUGAUUAUUGUUAGUAAAAUUGAGUUUUAGUAUUACUUUAACCCUUAAAUGCAUGAUUUUUAAUAUUAAAUGGAAAAAAAUAUAUUAUAUUCAGGCUAAUGGGUAUUUUAAUGGAAAAAUAUAAAAAAAAUCUAAAUACACAUUUUAAGUAUUUUUUAUAGAAAAAAAGUAGUGUAUCAAAAAUGAGACAGUAUGCAUUAAAGGUAAAAAAAUAAAAGUUAUGAAUUUUUAAUAUAAAAAUGUAUUAUAUAUAUUUAUUAUAAAAUAAGGUAAGAAUAUUGUUUCAAUUGUUAUGAAAAAGGACGAAACAAUUACAUUUUUUUUUAAAACAAAGAAUAACGUUACACUUUGAACACUUUAUAGAGCUCAAAAGCUUGCACUGAGGGUACUGACAACGCCUUCUUUUAUCAGUCGUUAUUGGUUCAUGUCCAACUUUGUCAAGACG